CCUCCUCCUCCUCCUCCUCCUCCAACCCCCACUCCCCGUUAUCCCUCCCUCCAUCACCUCCUCCUCCUCCUCCUCCUUGGUACCAACAGACCGACAAAUCCCUCCCGGAGCUCCUCUCUCCCCCCCUCCCCUCCUCUCCUCUCUUUCUCUGUCUCCUUCCCCGCCAGCCAUGAUCCGUGGCGGGCUAAUUCCCAGACGGUCUUCUCCUCCUUCCUCCUCUUUCUCCUCAUCACCCUCUUCCUCCUCCUCCUCCUCCUCCUCCUCCUCCUCGCGGGGCCGGUCAUGUCGGGAAUGACGAGCGGCGUGUGUGUAGAGAGUGACCUCUCCUCGAUGCUGCAGAGAAGCUCCGCCCCCUCUCACCAUCACCCAAAUCACCAUGGUUACGGCAGUCAGGGACAGGUGUCGGGUCUAGCGCCGAUGCUCGACUACACCACUGAGAUGGACCGGUACCGCUCAUCCAUCGCCACCUUCUACAAGACUAACGUCAACAUGAACAUGAACGUGACAAACUUCCCACAAUCAGCCAAACUGGCGGCUCGUCUGGCGGCCGCCGCUCCUAUCUUCCCCCCCGCCGCUGCCAGGCUGGGUGCCAUGGCGACAGCCCCAUGGGGUUGCCAUGACAACAUGAACAUGAACAUGAACCACCCGGCGGCCAUGUUCUGGGGCAGGCCCAAACCUGUAGCUACAGCGCCAACGCAUCACCACCACCAUCCCUCGGCGACGCCAGGUCACAUGACCUCUUCGCACCCCCACAGCAGCAGCAUGCACCAGAGCAGCGGAGGGCCUGGGGGGGGAGGAACCGGUGGUGGAAGUGAAGCGGGAGGGGCUGAAAAACACGGACACACUGCGUCACUUCCUGUUAGCCAGGGAACAGCACACCAUCACCCCAUAGCGCCUAGCAACGGGAACUUUCUGCCCGGUUACAGCGGCGGCGCAGACUGUGGCGUUAUGAACAAGCAGGGACACGCCCACCCGGACAUGAUGGGCCUAUCAGAGGGCGGCAACUGCAAUGGGGGAGGAGUAAUGAGUGGUGGCUUCCUGGGGGGGCUGGGAUUACCCCCUGGGGUCAUCGUCAUGGCAAUGGGAUCCGCAGGCGGCGGGAUUUCAGACGCCAGCAGCGCUUUUCAGAUGACGAGCGGCCAGCGGGCGCUAACGGACUGCCAGCAGCACACUAAUUCCUCCCCUUGCCCCUCCUCUUCCUCCCCUUCAUCAUCAGGGGUGACAGCAGGGGGUGUGUCUCUCUCCUCAUCAUCUUCAUCAUCGUCAGGGACAGUGGCGAAGAGGAAGCGGAAGCGCUGUGGCGUAUGCGGGCCGUGCAGACGACUGAUCAACUGCGGCGUCUGUUCGUCCUGCCGCAACAGGAAGACGGGUCACCAGAUCUGCAAGUUCAGGAAGUGUGAGGAGCUGAAGAAGAAGCCAGGAGGAGGAGGUGGGGUGCUGGAGCGGCCGCCCUCCGUCCCAGCCGGUGAGGCGUUUCGCUGGUUCUUCUAGCCUUUCCUUCACCAGUGGAGUCACCAACGCAGACACACCUGGACUGAAUGAAAUUCAGCCAGAGGACUUUGGCGUCUCGGACUGAACCAGAACAGGACUUUGUCGUGUGUGGAUAGCCCAGAAAUCCUGCAUCGACUGGAUGGAGGACGAGGAGGAAGAGGAGGAGGAAUCACAGGAAAUAGGAGGGCUUCAUCAGAAAGGUUUAGUGUUUUGUGAAAGGGGAUUUAAAGGUACCACAGGAAGCAGUUGUCAAAUUGACUCCCCUCAUGAAUGGUCUUGUGCUCACCAGCUAUUGAUCCCCAUGUCCCUUCAAAUCAACUGCAAGUCAUCUUGACGCCUCAAUUGUCCCGGAUUCACUUUAUAUUUGGGUUUUUCAAAUCUGGUCAUGCAACGGCACAAGGCAUUGAGACUCUAGAUUUCUAUUCUAUUUCUACUGCUUCAAUGCCUGAAACACUAGAAAUAUUUCUUCUUAUCUAAUUUGCAAAAGUGGAUUUGCUCCAUCUUUGUGAUCCUAGUGAGAAAAGUUUAUAUGGGUCUAUUAAACACUGCAGACAAUGAUUUAUCAGCAUUAAACCAGAGUUAAUCCCUGAAAUGGGACAACAGAACUGUCUCUAGGUUCAUGAAUUACUGGUCCAGUCUAGUUUUCAGGGCAAAUAUCAAUUUUUCAUCAUGGGACCAAUAUUUGGUCCAGUCUUACUGGGAACCAGGAUUUCCUGAGUGGGACCAUCAUUUAUGGUUUGGUAACCCUUUAGGCUCGUCAGUGGUAUGUUUUUGUCCCAGUGUUUAAAUUAUGUCGUGAGCAUUUGCCCCUGCUAAAUUCAGAGGCUGUCGAUGCUUAAUGUGUCAGGCAGAGGUUUGCUCAGUAUUUCUAAGUAUUGGAGAAGAUUUUAUUAAAGGUCUUGGAUCCGAACCAAGACCAAGAACACUCAGGGGAUCAGGAAGGACUUUGGCAAAACCAUUCAGUACAUUUCUAGUGAUGAGCAGAGGAGUCGGUAAGGACGUAGAUGCUCCUGGAAGUACAAGGAGAGACUUUAAACUGUUGCUUUAUUUUGGUUUGACAAAGGAAGGAUGGAAAAUCUUCAACCUGUCAGAGAAAAACAAACUUUCUUUCUUCUCCUCCAAACUACAACUCUAGAGUCCGAUGCUUUGAUUGGUUAAACUGGGCAGUGACUGAAAAGUCCAGCUAAAAAAACGAGUUUUAAACUUUACAGCGACACAAGAGCAUUAACCAUUUCCUCCCAGACCUUUUCCAUCCCUUGAAUAAAACGCCUUCCUCCUCUUCACCCUCAUCCACCCAGCCUAACCACUAAUCCCAUUGUAGCAAAACCCAGGAAGAUUCAGGACUCAGCCGCAGAGACUCCUUCAGUUUGACCAAAACUGGCUGACAAGCUAACCUCAAAGAGGAUUCACAAACUGACCUCAGCAGGAAGUGAUCCAAGACUGUUAAUAUGGACUACAAGUUCCCCACAGUAGGACUACAAUAACCACAUCACUGUUACCAUCUCUUCUGUCUACCUCCUCCUUAAGGACUUUAAACGGCACCUUGGUUGACUUUUGCUGGCCGGUGUUUCUGCUGGUGCAACGUGAGCUGCUUCUUAACUCUCUUGGUGGUCCAGAAGUUAUUUGGUUCAUUUGAAUCUGGCAAAUUAAAGAGUUGUGAUAAUUUAUUGGGUUUGUGUAGAUGUAGAUGGAAGGUGCAGUCAAAGGUCCAGUCGGUUUUAUAAGGCUGAAAGGAACCAUUUUACUGCUUUCUGGGUCCUCUAAUUGAAGGUUUUGACAUUUUUCCGCUUCAGCUUGUUGGGCCCAACAGGGACCUCAGAGAGAGUUCAGAACCAGAUCCUGUGUUCCCGUAUCAGCUGAACAUUGAACCAUGUGGUGGACCAACAGAAGCGCGAAUGCAGCGUGGGAAUUCGCAGCGACCCUUUGGAUCCCCGAGCAGAACUCUGGGACCUCCGGGAACCGAGCGGAAAGAGAUUGGAUCAUUCCACACUGCAACUGUGUCAUUUCCUGUUUGUCGGUUGACAACGCGCUCAGUGAUUCCUUGUACACACCGAGACAUUCUCAUUAAAAUUUUAUCUUGAAAGCUCAUUUUUGAGAAGAGAUUUUGGUGGCAGAAGGAACCGAUUUCUCCAGGUGAUUUCAGAGGAUAUGCAGCUGAGGUUCUUGUCAAACGUUUGGACCUGAGUUCAUUAUAUUACAGGGUCACUUUUUAUAGGACGGAAACAACAGCAUGCAGCUUAAUAAAGGGCUGUCAGUUAA